AUGAUUAUAACACUGCGGGAGUUUAUGACAUGGACCGAUACCACGGUGUUCGAGCUAUGGGUGACCGUUGGCUCAAUUCUCGCAUCAUCGGCCCUAUUAGUGCUCAAACUGCACGACCUCAUAAAUAUCAAAUUUAUGAUGAUUUUCAUGCCGGUUUACGCCGGAUUUGCCAUCAAUUUCUACUUUCUAUUCAUCAUAUUUAUGAGGGCUUGCGUCGAAUACAAAGAUUUUAAAUCGCCGUUUUUAAGACUUCUACUCAAUUGUUUGCGACUCUCACUCUGCGCCACUUUCACUGUUCUCAUGGUGUCGAAAAUUGGCGGCGAGUUCGACACCAAAGAGGUGAAGGUCCAAAUGAGCUACGGCCUCAUUUUCGUGCCCCUCUGGGUUCUAAUGGCCAUCCUCUCGUUUCAAGUGUGUCGAUCGACGAACAACUAA